AUGACUCUUCCAACAACAGCACAUUUCAAGGCAUCCCAAUUCCUGAAUUCUUGGGUUCUUGAUAUCUCUUCUUCUGUGUUCCAUCCAUAUCUGCUAUUGCUACCAACUGUUAAGUUUACUCAAAGGCUAGCUGAUAUUGAAUGGAUAAGUGGUCUUCGUUUCUUGAGACACUUGGCGUUGAACGGAGUGGACCUCUCACUGGUAGGAUCCAAAUGGAUCCAACUGCCAAAUAUGCUAUUGUCAUUGACUGAGUUGCAUUUAUCACGGUGUAGCCUCUCUGCAGGUGUCAUUCCAUCCCUUCAUCAUCAAUCUGUUGUUAAUUUUACAUCACUUGCAGUUAUUGAUCUCAGUUUUAAUAACAUUAAUUCAAACAUACUAGAUUGGAUCUUGAAUGUGAGCAGCCUUGUCCAUGUGGAUAUGAGCGACAACAGAUUGCAUGGAAGGAUUCCCCUUGGUAUCUCGGAGCUUCCCAAUUUGAAAUAUUUGGACCUUUCUGUAAAUGAAAAUCUUUCGGCCAGUUGCUCACAAACUAUUCAGGGGAAGCUGGAGAAAAAUUGA